AUGCCGGCGGUGCCGCUGACCAUGUCAGCCGGCGUGAUUUUUGGCCCUGCGGUGGGCACCGUCAUCGUCUCCAUUAGCGCCACCCUGGCCGCCACCAUAGCGUUCCUCAUAGCCCGCUACGCGGCGCGCGACAAGAUUCUGUCGUUCGCCCAGCGCAACAAGCGCUUCGCCGCCAUCGACCGCGCGAUCAGCCAGAACGGCCUCAAGUUUGUGACGCUGCUACGCCUCAGCCCGCUGCUGCCGCUCGCGCUCUCCAACUGGUUCUACGGCCUUACGAGCGUGGACCUGGGCAGCUACGUGCUGGGCAGCUUCGUCGGCAUGCUGCCGGGCACCUACGCCUACGUCACCGCGGGGCACCUGGGCCGCGCGGUGCUGAUGGAGGGCGGCGAGAGCGCGCUCAGCAUCGCGCCCUGGCAGGUGGCUGUCGGCGUUGGCGCUUCGCUGCUGGCGAUAGGCUUCAUCGGCCAGAUUGCCAAGCGUGCGAUCGACGAGGCGGACGCGGAGGCCGAGGCGCGGGACGGGCUGCAUGGGCAGCGCGAGGAGGCUGUGGGGGAGCGGCGGCAGCAGGCGUGGGGCCAGGCGUGGCAGCCGCAGCCGCAACCGCAGCCGGCGGUGGAUUGA